UAUAAGUAGAAUGUUCUACAUAGAUGUCAUUAAUGUUUUAUUGUACUGUUUGUUGAAGGAGAUCCUGAAUCACUCUUCAUUUUUGAUCGAUGUUUAUUUGUGUUUAUGUAACGAAACUUACAUAGAUAAAAGUUUGAUGUAACAAUAAGGGAGCAACAUGGGGUCAGUUUUAAGCAGAAACAAGAAAAAUAAUGGUUUUAAGUUGAUGAGAUUAAUUGUUGAUGUUGGUGGAGAAGCUUUAAGAAUAACAUUGAGGAAACAACUGUCAGCGAUGAUCGCAAUUUAGAGGAUAUUAAACUUUUGAUUGAAAAAAGAAUUGGCUCUACUGAUUGCCUUCCUGAUGUUAAAAACAGUUUGGCAGAAAAAGCUAACGGACUUAUGUUGCUUGCAUCACUUCUUAGCAGCGAAGUUAAAAAUCAGGAUUUGUUGAAUGCGUCCUUACCAAAAGAUCUCAGUGAAUAUUACAAAAUUUGCUUAACAAGAUUAAGUAAAGAAUUAAAUUCGUUUGAUAUCAGUAACGAAAAGUUUCAGUCAAUUUUAAAUGCUCUGGCUGUUGCUAAAGAACCUCUUCCUUGGAAAAUGAUCAAUGACUUUCUUUCUUUGAACUCGAGUCCCAAAUCACCGGGGGUUAGAAAAAUUAUCUCUUGUCUGCUUGUUAGCAAUGAAGAAGGAUGUGUUUCGUUUUUUCACAAAUCCUUAAAUGAUUGGUUGUUGGAUGAUCGAAAACAUGAUUACUCAGUAAAAACUUCUUGGGGUCAUCGACUUGUUUUAAACUUUUGUUUAAAAUCUUUGGAUAACCUCAAAGCUGUAGGUGCAAACUAUGACGUCAUUAAACAUGCGUCAGUGAGGUAUUCAGUCAAGUAUUGGUUGCUUCAUUUACUUGAUAUUUCUGAUAAUGUUUAUAUCUUUGAAAAUGUUGGUAAAUAUCUUGUUGAUUUGGAAGUUUUAGUUGCUUCUGUGUUGGUUGAUCGUUCUCGUACUUUUGAAAAUUUUAAAUUAUUCAACGCACAUGAUGUGUACUUUCUUAUUUCUGAGGACAUUCGAUUGUUAUUUAAUGAAGUUUAUUCUGUGAUAACGUUCUCUAAAUUCUUUGAAAAUGAAGUAUCUUUUUUGCAAUGCGUUGCCAACGACGUCAAAGAUCUAACGUCUCAAGCAACCACAAUGCUUCAAACACGUUUCAAAGAUUCACCAUAUCUAGAGCUCAGAGACACGGGUUUUGUAAAAGCUCGAUUAUUGCGUUUAUUUGAAAAUUUAAAGUCUGUUGAUGUUUCACGAAAUUAUGAUUACGUCGUGUGUGGUUAUGAAGGUUUCGUCGUGCAACUUUUUUCAUUGAGAAAAAACAGAUGUUUGUGGAUAAAAGAUAUUGCUGGUCAGUUUAAGCAAUAUGAAGAGAAUGCCUUUCGCGUUGUUUUUCAUCCAUUCAAAGAUUUCAUUUUUGCUUCCCAGCUUGAUAAGAUACUAGAUAUUAAUGGUAAAAUUUCCUCAAGUCCGUUCCAUUGUGAUGAUUCUACUUCUAAGUUCUUUACCAAGAAACGUUUUUCUAAGGAUAAAUACACAAUGGUCACUAGUUACAAAGAUACUUUGACAGUAUGGGACGUUAAGAAAGGUGAAAAGAAACGCAGUAUUAGAUUUAAUAAUGUGAUCUCAAUGUGUUUUUCUCAUUCUGGAAGAUAUUUGUGUGUUGCUGAGAAAGAAGGAGUGGUUCAAAUAUUGAAUGUAGCAAAUAAUUAUGAAACAUUCGUUUACGACGAUCAUUUACCGUCUGAUAAAUUAUAUGAGGAUGAAGUUUUGUUCCCUGUUGGUCUUCAUUCUUGGUUUUAUUGUGGGGAAAAAAAAUUUAUGGUAAAUCCCACUUGUGAGAAACUUCCUGACUUAGAUCCUGAUUACAAUUGUUUAUUUUAUCCUCUUGAUCUAUUCAAUUGCGACAAAUUAAGAUUUUCCAAACUUUAUGAAGGAAUAUCUGGUAUUUUGUUGAACAAAGGCAAUGUUCUUCAUACUUAUUGUACAACUGACACACAUCUUUAUAUAAUACCGCGUGCAUGUUUAACUAACAGUAACUGUUUUCAUAAAGGAAAAUUUUGCUCAAAUGGAAAAUUUAUGUAUCGGUGCAAUGAAGAAAAUUCAAGGGUAAUUAUAUACAAUCUCAACACAUUUGACUUUGUUGUCAAGGAAUGUUUUUUUAGUGACAUGGUUGCUGUAGAAAAUGGAGUUAUUUUGCUCACGGAAAAAAAUAUUCCUGAGCUUUGGAAUAAUGAUUUGACAAAACUUGUUUAUAGUUUCGAUGAACUAAAAGGUACAAACAAAAUUUUUGAGGUGAGUGAUGUAUCAUUUGCUUGUCAAAAAACUGAUUCUUUUGUGUUUUUCAAUGUUGAAAACAAGCGAAAAGAAAUAUCAGUGAAUUUUGAAAAUUAUCGAAAUGUGCAUGUAUUUGCAUGUAGCUCUAAGUAUCACGUGUUUGCUAAAGCUGAAAUUAACCAUCGGAUAAUUUACUGUAUGUGGCAUGAAGACAAACUUAUUAAUGGUUGGGAUGACGUAAUUGAGUGUAAUUGUAUAGCUUACGCUGCUUUUUCACCUUCAGCAGAUAAUUUAUUAAUUCGUGACGAUGGUUUUCUGAAACGAAGUGUGAAAGUGUUUGACGUUAAAAACAAAGAAUUUAUUUAUAAUUUUACUUGGUGGUUUUUUGGGGAUAACUUCUUCUUUCUUGAUGAUAGGUAUAUAAUUAAUGAUGGCUUGGUUUUGAUUGAUUUGAAAUAUUUUAAGGAUGCACAAAUACCUUUCGGGCGUUUGCUUUUUCUAAAUUUAUAUUACUGUCGUAAACGCAAACUUGCUUUCAUUUUUUCAUUCUCAAAGGUCCCAAACAAUUGCGUAAAAAUCAUCUUUCCACGAGUAUAAAUUUGAUCUUUGAUGAUAAAACUUCUCACAAUUUUGGAUGAUGACUAUAUUAUCUUUAAGAUAAUCUUGUUCAGUUUUUGUGCAUGAUCCCUAUCAUUGUUGACAUUUCAAUUAAUGUCUGUUUGCGUAUGAUUUCAUGAAACGACCUUUGUCUAAUUUUGAUUGUUCUGUACAGAGACCGCAGUGUACGAUGAUGUCAACAUUUAGAGAGAUCAUGCAUAAAAGCUAAAGUUAAUUAAAGAUGAGAAUUCAAUGUCAAUACAGACAAACCAUAAACAAAUGAUUUUGUGCCUAAAAAAAGAUUUUGUUUCCUUGCACAAGGAAAUGAUUUUAUUGACUUUUAUCUUAUCACACAAACAUAUAAAAUGCAAACUAUUGUUGGUUAUUGUACCAUAGGUUAUGUUUUGUUUAUAUCUACACCAUGUAAACAUAUAAUUUUUAUGCAAAUGUAUUCAGUGUAGGAUGGUUUUAAUAUUGCACGUUUUUCGAUACUCUUUUACACCAAAAACAAGUUGUUACUAAUUGAAUCAAUAGUAUCUUGCACUGAAAUAAUUUCUUAGUACUUUUUAAUUAUUGCAUUUUAAUAUACAAAAUAUCUAUGUGUUAAGUUGUUAAGAGAGACAAAGACAGCCCAAUUGUUACUUCCGUUAAAUGAACAUUUUCAUCUUUACCAAUUUGAAAAACGUAAAUUUAUAAUUAAAAAAUGGAACCUUUGCUAAUUUUUUUAAGAAAAGCUAAAAUUUGGCUGUCUUUGUCACUGACUGUUAAAAAGUAAAUUGUACACUCCUCUAGAAAUGACUUAUUAUUGACGUUCAUCAUCGUGAUAAACAAUUUAACCAUUGAGGUGGAACACUCCAAAGCAUGUGUUACUGUACGAACAGGAGAAGUUAACAAAAGCGAAGGAACGUUUUGCAAUAUAGAGAAGCAGAAAACAAACGACAAUGUUUCAUAUUGAAGGAUGUUUAAUGCCAAGUUUUUAACUUUUAAUGAAAAGUCGAUUUCAGGCAUUGUUACACUUUACUUUUUGAAUCGAUACUUUAUGGGAAUUAUUUGUUAACAACGUCAACUCAAACAUCAGUAGACAUACUGCAAGUUACUUUGCCAAAGUUUGAUAUGUUUAUGGCUUUUCUAUAUAAUUCCAUCGUGUACUCUUAAUUCAAACGAUAAUACAAGAAGGAGAACCAUGAUUCUAUGUGGAUGUAUUGUUGUACUUUGUAACCACACCCUUGUCACGUGUUCAUUGAAAUGUUAUCUUUUGUCAAAAUUGGAAGAUGUGAACUUUUACAUUUUUAAAAUGGUGAAGCUUGCUGUUUAUUUUGUUCAAUUUUUACAAAACUGAAGCUUGAAAAUUAUCAUCUUAUGUGGACGUUUUGAUGUGAACAUAACUCAUAAGUAAUCAUGAGAGUAAAUAAAAAGAAUUUGAUUUUCUUACAUUGUGGCUAUUGGAAAUGGCUAAAGGGAUUUUUUUGCUGCAUCUAUAAUUGAAGCUGCUUCUUGAUACAAGCACACUGUCAUUGUGAAUAUUAUAACUCUUGAUUGACUAUGCGCAUGCUCUGAAAUAUAUACGUACUUGAAUGAUUCUACAACAUUUGUGAUAUGAAUUAAGAUCUUAACAGCAAGAUGUCAUGAAAAUUAAAAACAAAUAUCAACUAUGGAUGGUUGUAGAAUGAAAGUGAUCAGUUUAGUUCAUAUGAACGGUCACAAAUCAUUCACAACAAAAAUAAAUUCAACAUGUAAGAACUACAUCAAGUUAUGAGAAUGAAAAGUAUGGAAAAAUUUCAACGUCUUUCUUUUUCUAGAUUUAAUGUUUCUAAAUCCACGAUGUUUUAUUCUUUAUGUAGUGAACAAUUUUAAAUCAUUAAAUUUAUUUCAUUUUGUUAUGUACAUAUCUCUGUAUAAUGAAUAGAUAUCUUUCAUAACAUCCCAUAAACGGACAUCUACCCUACAUUAGGUCAUGGUCUCUAUGAUGUCCGUUUACGAGUAGCUUGACUGUAUACAGACUUUUCAUUACUGCACAUUUUCUUUACGUUUCUAGAUUUUUCUUUUGCUUUUUAAAUUUUAAAUGCCAAAUAAAUGAAUCCAACAUAACUCAACACCAUUUUUAGAGUAAUAGUCAUUUGCAAACUGCCAUGUGAAGAUUGCUAUUGCUUUAGAAAAGGAAGUGUCGUAUCUUGAAUUCAAAAAUACCAAUUUUUAAAAUUAGCAUUCAUUAGUUGUAUAAUAACAUUCACUCACAUUCAGCAACAUUGUUUGUAACUGCAUCUUGUAAAGAAAGUUGAAAAGUAACCACAUUUUAUCAAAACAGAACAAUUGCCGUUGCCAUUUUUAAGACUGCCUGGGAUUCAUUCAUUUAGCACUUAUAAAAAAUUAUUUAGAGAGAAACUUUCUUUUUUGCGCAGCGUUUUGUUGAACUUUGUUUUUUAACGCAUAUUAAUAUAAUUUUAUUAUAUUUGUAUGUUAGUGAAGAAAUAAUCGUUGUAUAAAUAUGUUUUCUACAAAAUUUUUACAAUAUAUGUGUGUCAAUCUAUA